GGGCGCGAUAGUACGACGCAAGGCCCGAAGCUGGAUGGUUGUGUGACCGACUCACGUUCGUAAGCCCACGUCGAACGCGAUGUUCCCCGAACUUUUGAAUUUAGAAUACAAAAUUCUGGAAUACAUAUUUGAAAUUUAAAAUUCGCGUCACAGAUCAGUAUCGUGUGAACAGAAGGUUACUUUGACAGUGAAAUGUUAAACAUGUAAAUUAUCCAUGUUGUGAAAAACUAGCGUAAUUCAGUGCAGUAUGAUGGAUGCUGGUGUUAAUGAGUGCGAUAACGCGGCAAAUGGAAGGAACCAAUUCGUGUUUCUUGUGCUUGUGCAUUUACUACUUAUCGGACUAAAUGGGACUAAUGCACAGAAUAGAGCACCUCGCAUCAAAGAGCAUCCGUCGAAUACUGUGUCAGGACGCAGUGAACCGGCAACAUUGAGAUGUGUCGUGGAAGGCCGACCUAAACCUUAUGUACAGUGGUUCAAAGACGGAUUACCCUUGCCUCAAGCAGAAGACGGACACAGGGUCUUACUCGAAGACGGGCUGUUAUUCUUGAGGGUCAACCGAGGGAAGAAAGAUAGCGAUGAGGGUAUUUAUUGGUGUGUUGCACGCAACAUUGCCGGUGAGGCCGUCAGCCAGAAUGCUUCGCUUAAUGUGGCUAUGCUAAGAGAUGAAUUCCGAAUGGAGCCUAGGGAUGUGCAAGUGGCCGCUGGUGAGCCAGCACUAUUAGAGUGUUCUCCUCCAAGAGGAGUACCAGAACCAUCUGUGCAAUGGCUUAAAGACGGACAAUCCUACGAUGUAGAAGUUAAUGGAAGAGUCACAAUAACAGAUACAGGAAACCUUAAAAUUUUAGAAACACUACCCACUGAUAGUGGUUUAUUUCGAUGCGUGGCGACAAAUAUAGCCGGCGAACGACAGUCAAGAGCCGCUGCUUUAAUUGUUUUAAGACGACCACAUUUCGUUGUUAAACCUAGUAAUGUUACUGCUUUAGUGGGUCAAACUGUCGAAUUUAACUGCCAGAGUUACGACUCGAACGUAAAAAUAACUUGGGUCAAGGAAGAUGGAACGCUGCCGUCUCAUGCAACAAUAAUUCGUGGACUACUAAAAUUAGAGCACGUAUCUGCAACUGAUGCUGGCGUCUAUUCAUGUCGUGCAGACAGCCACGCGGGAACCAGUAUCACCAGUGCCACACUCACGGUUUAUUCAUUACCGCAUUUCACGCAGAUACCGUCCAACCUAACAGCUUGGGAAGGCGAUGUUGUAUCUAUUCCAUGCGAUGCCAAAGGAUUACCAACGCCGACGACGUUUUGGAUAUUAGAAGGCAAACAAGAUUCGAUGCUUUUUCCGGAAUGUACUAGAAGCAAUACGAGUUUGUUGUAUUUGGACAGUGCGCGGGCGGAGCAAAGUGGAAGGGUAAUUUGUACUGCAGUUAACGCAGCUGGAAGUAUCAUGCAAGAAGCGUAUCUUACCGUUCUUAGAAAAGGAAAUAGCGAGUUAAGAGACCAUACGGAUGAUGACUUCGAAGAUGAUUUAGAUCGCAAUGUUCAUAUGACCGAGUAUGAACUUCUUCAAGCGAGAAAAUAUCUCCAGCAAAACGUAUUAGUGUUGAAGCGAAUUGAAAUGCUAUCAUCUUCAAGUGUUAAAGUUGUUUGGGAUGUGCUAACAGACUAUAAUGAAUAUUUAGAAGGGGUUAAAAUAUGGUACAAUGGGACAACGUUAAAUUGGCGAAAUAUCACAGAAGAAGAUUUAACUCAACAAAAUUCACAUUCAAACACUAUUCUGUGCUUAAAUGGAUCUCUCACCAAUGUUGACAACAGUGGUUCAUCAAGCUAUAUACUGUCAGGAUUGAUGACUUACACGCAAUAUGAUAUAUUUUUGAUGCCAUUUUAUAAGACCCUUCUAGGGAAGCCUUCCAACAUGAUGAGUGGGUUUACGGAUGAGGGUGUACCGUCGGCACCACCCCAAAGCGUCACAGCAGGGGUGAUAAACGCAACAUCGGCGUGGAUACGGUGGGAGCCACCACCUGUGAGGACUUGGAACGGCGAACUUACCGGUUAUUUGAUAGAGAUACGCGUGAGUGGCAGCACAGGUGGUCGGGUUGUGGGUCAGAUGUCAUUGAACUCCCGCACCCGCGCCGCAGCCGCGAGCUCCCUCCGCGCGGGUGGCCGCUACACCGCGCGGGCGGCCGCCGUCACGCGUCGCGGACACGGCCCAUUCAGUGCACCGGCGCUGAUACACAUGCUGCCAACUCAGUCGCAGAGGCAUUACGUACAGACUGAACCACCAAAAGAUUCAAAUAUACCGAACAUACUACAAGAGACUUGGCUCUUGGCUCUCGGGCUCACCCUUUUCUCUGUCAUCAUCAUUGGAGCCGUCAGCAUUUACUACAUCAAACGGAGAAACAACAUACAAAGAAAAAAGUCUGCCGGUCAAUCGAUUGUCACGGCUCAACAAUGUCUCCUAAAUAAAGACACGGUUUGGCUUCGCGACAGGCCCGUAUUCGGACCGCCUAACGACACGAGCAUCGACGUCAACAGCUGUCACCAGAGUCUUUUACAUAAUGGACAAACCACAAGUAUUCUGAACGUGGAACCAGAGUAUAGCUUACCGCAGAACUCCAUUCAAGGACUAGACGCAUCAAGCGUCGACCGUAUCAGACGCGGACCACCGGAGCCAUACGCGUCAAGCGCCAUUUACACAGAACUCAAUUUUAAGGACAACAACGAAAUCGGAGACCUGAGAGGCUGUCCGGACAGACGAUCUCAUAACAAUAGCAUUGUAAGAUCGUGUAAUGGAAGCAUACAAUAUUCAAAUGGCGAAUGCUCGACUUGUUGUCACAGUACUUCGAGUAGAUCGACCAAAGACUACAGAGAGCUAAGACACGACAAUGUACAGAAUGAAAUUAAUGUCUUGGAGGACGACUGCGGUUCUUGCCACACGAACAGAUCUGGAUCGAGGAGUAGACAGGACAAAAGCAAAGUUUGUCCGGCCGCUGAUUUAGAUUACGACUAUCCCCAAUGGCAUUGGCUGGGACGGGAGAACAGCUUCAAAAUUCCCAUCCAAACGAGCAGACAUUCGAACAUCGCGAGGUCGGAGCAGGGCUGUCAAAUAAAUCUAUGUGAUAUACUGCCGCCGCCGCCGUAUGAGGUAAACGGGAAUUGUUUAUAUUUCGGACCCCGUCCAAUCAGUGUUACACAGUUAAUAGUAAUACCCCUGGCAUUGCUGACGUCUAUGAGCGACGAUGACCACUUACCAUAGGGCGGUCCGUAUGCUGGUCUGCCAACAAAGACAAUAAAAAAACUAAUUGUUCUUAUUUUUACAGAGUCCAGAAAACAGGCACAACUAUGGAUCGGAAAAGAAUUAGCAGUGAAUUAUGUAGUAGUAACAAAUACAAGUUAACGUAAAGCAAUAAUGUUUACCUAUCUUUUUGUGAAUCUUAAAAAUUAAGUAACUAAUAAUAAAAUCAAGUAGAGUUUACAUUUUUAGUAGAAAGUCGCUGUAGCGAUGACGACGUAGUGUAAUUGAAUUCAGAAAUAAAAAACAAAUUAGAUGUGAGUGAUGUUAGUGAAACAUUAGUAACAGUCUUUUUUGAUAAUGUAAUAUUAUUCCUAAUCUAUAUUCUAGUCACGGUGUAUAAGACUAGUUUUACAGUCUGUAUUUAAGGUAUUUGCUAUAAAUAGUAUUUCCUGUACUUUCGUAUUCUAGCUACGCGAUAACUGAACUUUGUUUAGACUGGACCGUUUAAAAUAGAUGAAGCUCUGCCUCUCAUUUCACUGCCAUAAACUUUUAGUGUUAGAUUUGUUAGUUGUAGAUAUAAUCUUCGACUGUGAUAUUUAUGUAUUUAAAAAAAAAAUGCGCAUCGGAAAUAAUUUUAAACUUUAAUUUAAUUAUCGUCGAUCUCUCUUACCUUACAUAAAACAAUUUAAAAAUACAUUACGUGUAGUCGAAAUUUUUAUAUAUCCAACCACAAUAUUUUCAGAGCCAGUUGUGUUUGUAUCCGAUACGAAAAAACCGAAAUAAAGCAACUUUAUAAAAAAAAAAA